GGAAGGCUAAUCACAUGAUCAGGUGGGGCUGCCGAGGCUUUUGGAGUCGAGCUGUGAAGAAAAAUUCAACCUGUCAACAACUCGUUCAUUCUCGGAGACAUUUGUGAUCAUAAAUGAUCUCCCCCGGUGACUAACGGCUUCUGGAUUUUCUCGGCUAAUGUCGUUCUCCUGCUUCAGGUGUUAUGGAGCUAACUGAAGGUAGCGUACACACCCUGUGACAUGUUGGCCCAAGCAGGAUCGUGGCACUUCGGACCACCUCCUAAACAUCACAAGCUCCUACAGUCGUCAUGGCCUCCAGCUAUGCACCACCGUUUGAGGGCACAGGUGAAGUAAAGGAGGGCUUUCUCUGCCCUCUGUGCCUGAAGGACCUCCAGUCUUUCUACCAACUCCAGGGCCACUAUGAGGAGGAGCAUUCAGGAGACGAUCGGCAUGUUCGAGGACAGCUCAAGAAUUUGGUUCAGAAGGCAAAGAAAGCCAAAGACAAACUGUUGAAGAGGGAUGGAGACGACCGACCAGACACCGGCAGUUAUGAGUCCUUCUACUACGGUGGGGUCGACCCAUACAUGUGGGAACCUCAGGAACUGGGAGCAACUAAAAGUCACCUGGACCUGUUUAAGAAACACCGGGCAGCGCGCAUCGAUCAUUAUGUUAUUGAAGUCAAUAAGCUCAUCAUUAGACUGGAAAAGUUGACGGCGUUUGACCGAGCCAACGCAGAUGCUGCUAAAAUUAGAGCCAUUGAGAAGUCUGUGGUGUCCUGGGUGAGUGACUCCGACGUCCCCUUCUGUCCCGAUUGUGGAAACAAGUUCAACAUCCGAAACAGACGCCACCAUUGUCGGCUCUGUGGAUCCAUCAUGUGCAGGAGGUGCAUGGAGUUCGUUCCCCUGCCUUUGGCCCAGAAGCUCAUUAAUGGCACUCGAGAAGCUCUGUGCGUGCCUGGAAGCCCCAGUCAGUCCCAGUCUCCACCAGCAGGGGGCGGAGGCAGUGGGAUGGGCUCCAGGAGGGGCAGCAUCACCAGCUUGAGCAGCGUAGCGUCCAUUUUGGAAGAUAAAGAUGAUGAGAAGAUCCGCUGCUGUCACCACUGCAUGGACACUCUGCUGAAGAGGCAGCAGAAGUUAGAGGAGAAGGAUCACGUUCCUGAUAUAGUGAAACUUUAUGAGAGGCUGAGAAUGUGCAUGGAGAAGGUGGAGGAAAAGGCUCCGGAGUAUAUUCGAAUGGCUGAAUCCCUCAACGCCGGAGAAACCACAUACAAUCUGGACACUGCUGGAGGACUGAGGCUGGAAGUGCAGAAAUACUACGAACUCAUUGAUGCUCUAAGUAAGAAGAUUUUAACACUGGGGGUAAAAAGUGAGCCGCAGCCACACCCAAAGGCGCUCCAGCUACAGAGGAUGAUACGCUACACAGCCACGCUGUUUGUCCAGGAGAAGCUUUUGGGGCUGAUGUCUUUACCCACUAAGGACAAAUAUGAAGAGCUGAAAGAGAAGAGGAAACAGGACCAAGAGAGACGACUCCAACAGGAGAGACAGGUGGCCCAGGAAAGUCUGAAAAGGAGGCAGGAGUAUGAGAAAAACCGCCCACCGGCCAACGGAGAGCUGCCGCAGGCCUUUAGAGGCCCCCGCAUGACCAAGGCUGGCGGGUGGCUGCCCUCUGCUGACUCCGGCCACUCUCGCAGCGAGCUGGAAGAUCCCCUCUUGCAGCAGAUUGAAAACAUUCAGUCAUUCCUCCGUCAGGCGCGUGAAGCUCAACGGACAGAUGAGGUCGCCAUGUUGGAGGAGAACCUGCGUCAGCUGCAGGACGAAUACGACCAGCAGCAGACCAGCAUGGCCAUCGCUCUCUCCCAAAAGUUGGCGCAGGAGGAGAGCUUGCAGCAAGGGGAGCUGCAGCGCCUGGAGGCUCGGGAAAGGGAGGGAAGGGAGCAGUGGGCCUCCACUUUUGUCUCCACACAGCCGUCCUUCACCUGGGAGCCGUCUCUGGAUAUCAAUCCAGCAGGAGAUCACCAGGUGGAGUCGGGGGUGGAAACUACGGCAGAAAUCCCAACUCUGAAAACCGAGGCCAGUCCAUCAGCCGUCAGAGCCCUCUCCUCGCUCACACCUCUAGAGGAUUCUCCUCCAAGAUUAAGGAGCUUAGGGGGGCACAUAACCCCGCCUAGUGGUGAAGGACAGAGCAGCACUUCCCUUAACCCUUUCGAAGAGGAGGACUCCACUCCCAUUGAGGAGGAUCCAUCCAAUCCCUUCUUCGAGGACAUCAAGAAGGAAGUUUCCAACGGGAAGAAGGAAUACAACCCCUUUGAUGAAGACGCAGACAGAGAGGACCAACAGGCUGAAACUGCACCAAGCAACCCGUUCGAGGAGGACAAGGCAGGUAACCCCUUUAUGGACGCUGCUGGGAACUCGCCCGAGGCCUCCACCAACCCCUUUGACGGGGACGUCGACGACGAAGCUCUGCCCGAUGUGGACAUGAUAGAGGAAGAGCUGCUGCUCCAGCAGAUCGACAACAUCAGGGCGUACAUCUUCGAUGCCAAACUCAGCGGGCGGCUCGACGAGGUUGAGCUCUUGUCGGAGAAUCUCAAAGAGCUACAGCACACUCUGCAGGAGCAGAAGAAGAAGAGGCACUAACACACUCUGGCUCCAAUCACCUGCUAUUUACCAAGUUGUCCGAGGCUCGCACACUUUAGGAACGGUCAACCCAGGUUACUGCGGUUUGGAUGAAGUCUGAUCCAUCACACAUUAAGUGAAUGUGUACCUAGAUUUAUGGUCCCUGAUUUUCUAACAUCUUUUUAGAUCAUUUAUGGUUGUGUAGGGCUGAGCUCAAACCCAUGCAUGAGCUUAAAGCACAGAGUAAAAAUUAAUUUGUACAGGCACACUUACGAAGUUGUAACAAUGCAAAAACGAACAAAGGAAGACAGCAGAAUGUUAUUUGAUUGAGUUGGAUGAUGUGGUUUAGUUCUUCAGUUGAAGCUGUGAACAAAGUCCAAAAGCUUUAACUGUGCUCUGUGCAUUUCUAACAGGGUCAAGAACAACACUGGGAGUGAAGGGUUAACUUUUAGGUCUGCAGCUGUAAACGUCUUAAAAUUAGAAUAACUUCUGUAGCAGCAAAUUAACUAAUUGUUGACAUAAAAUAAUAGGUUUGUAUUAAGAGUAAAAGGUGCAUUACAUCAUAAAGUCAUUUUUACGUAUACAUGCUAAAAAAUGUAAGAACUGUUUUUUUUUUCUACAGUAACAGUGACAGAAAUACUUGGACAUCAAAAUCUGCACUUAUGAUUUUUUCUGUUAAUCUAAACUCCAACUUUUUCUGAAAGUUUUGAUCAAAUGAAUUAGAUAAAUUGCUUUUUGUGCACUUCGCUUUGAGGGGAAAAAAAAAAUCCUUUGUGAUUCCACCAAAAGCCAACAAAGACAAAAGAAAAUUCACGUCCUACUGUGACCGACAAGGUGAGGUGUUGUUGUGUUUUGUUUACGGUGAGCCUCGAGUGGCUCUUUGAUGUUGACCUCGUGGCUGGACUCGCCUUCCCACUCUCCUGGUGCAUGUUAGCGCCUUCAGUCUUCAAUCCAGAGUUUAUCUGAACAGCUCACUCGUCCUGUGUGAACUCAACACAACACUUUAGCAAGGAACACUUUAGACAGCCGUUAAUAAAGCGUAGGAUGCUCAAAUCUGUGCGUCUAGAAAUGAUGAUUAUAUAAAACUUAAAGACACUUGUUAGAUGUAUGCUAACACUACAUGAAUGCCAGCAGUAUUAUGAUCCAGAGCUGCUAUGUUUGCUCCAACUUGAAUUUGUUGUUGUGCUUUCCGUCAUUUUUUUUUAUCUGCUAAACUGUAACAUCUGCAGACCAUCAGAAAACUGAGGCAGAGAUAUUUUUUGUGACGUUGUGAAUUCCUUACAUGUAUGUUAGCAGUUGAUUUUAGUUUUGAGGUAAUUGCAACAUCCCUGCAUUAAAACAAGGAACUACAUAAUGAUUCACAGCCAUCACUUUAAUAAGAGGAAGUUUCUUCAACACAAAUAAAUUCAUCUGUAACAAUA